CCAACUCUGAUCAGGAUUCUGAUGGUUCUGUAAGUGCUAUCGAUGAAGAGAAUGUUCGUCUUAGUUCUCAUCCUACAACUCCUGUAACAGAUGCCAGCUCUGGUGAAGGAUUGUCAACUCCUAUUUUUAGCGCACAAAUGUCACCGAAAAAGGCUCUCCAACCUGCAAUGUUGAAAAGCCGAUUUGCAGACACUACUUUGAAAGCUCAACAGAAGACACUACUUGAUCAUGUUGAUAAAGCUGAUAUGGUAAAGUUGCUGCAGGAAAAGGAAAAAAUGGAAAGAAUGCAGCGUGAAGAGAAGGCAAAGCUUGAAGCUCAAAUCAGAGCUGCAGAAGCUGCUGCCAGAAUGAAGGCGGAGGCCGAGUUGAAAAGGGAACGGGAACUAGAAAGAGAAGCUGCUCGACUUGCAUUGCAGAAGAUGGGGAAAACAGUUGAGAUUGAACAAAACCUGGAGAUUAUAAAAGAACUGGAGAUGCUGAUCGGAUGUUGUCUAUCUAGUUAUCAGUUUCAUGGUCGAAAAUGCGUACCGCGUGAUAGAGUGGAUUGUAGGAGCGUAUGGUGUGGUAACUGGCGAGAACCCUUUGCAUAAGCUCGGUUUGUUCUUCAAAGACGAGUUCUUGGAAGACGAGGAUGAGGAGGCUGUU